AUGCCAGGCUUCGACUUCUCAAACUACAACCGCAAUGCGGCUCUCCACGCCCGAGGAGUGCCUCUUCCCAGGGCCACCAGCACUGGAACGACUAUUGUUGGAUGCAUAUUUGAUGGUGGUGUUGUGAUUGCUGCUGAUACUCGAGCCACAUCCGGCCCCAUUGUCGCCGACAAGAACUGCGAGAAGCUUCACUACAUCGCUCCUCAGAUCUGGUGCGCUGGCGCCGGUACCGCCGCUGACACAGAGUUCACCACCGCCCUCAUCUCUUCUCAACUCGAGCUGCACUCCCUAUCCACAGGUCGCAAGCCCCGCGUCGUCACCUGCAUGACCCUCCUGAAGCAGCACCUCUUCCGCUACCAGGGCCAUAUUGGUGCCUACCUGGUCGUUGCUGGCGUCGACCCUACUGGCACCCACCUCUUCACUGUCCACGCUCACGGCAGCACAGAUAAGCUUCCCUAUGUUACCAUGGGCAGUGGUAGCCUGGCAGCUAUGAGUGUGUUUGAGACGCAGUGGAAGCCCGACCUUAACCAGGAGGAAGCCGUGAAGCUGGCGAGCGAUGCCAUUCUUGCUGGUGUCUGGAACGAUCUGGGCUCGGGAUCAAACGUGGACGUGGCUAUCAUCACCAAGGACAAGACAACACUCAAGAGAAACUACAUCAAGCCCAACGAGAAGGAUCCCAAGCUUCAGAGUUACCGUUUCCCCAAGGGCACGACGGCGGUACUGAACGAAAAGAUCAUCAAGAGGGACGAGAUUAAGCGGUACAUUAGCGUGGAAGACGUACCCGUGGAGGAGAAGAUGGACGUUGACAGCUAA